AUGAGAAUCCAUCACCAUCAACCCCUCCGCCCUCCCAAACCGAAAAAAACACGCAUUACGGGGAGGAAUAACCGGCGGCGGGACUCCAUUUCUGCCCUAUGUCUCUCCACCAGCGCAUUCUCAUUCUUCCUCCCUUCCCGAACCCCCCUCCCUCUCCUCGCCCUCCUCGCCCUCCUCCUCCUCGUCGGCGUCCUCCUCCCCUGGCCCCUCUUCUCCCCCUCCUCCCUCCUCGGCCCCGCCGCCGGCAAUCCCAACCCACCCCUCUCCCGCUGGCGCGACUACACCCUGGCCGACGCCGCCGCCGCCGUCGCCCGCAACGGCACCCUCAUCCUCUGCGCCGUCAGCCACCCCUACCUCCCUUUUCUCAGCAACUGGCUCAUCAGCCUCGCCCGCCAGGGCCGCGCCCACCAGGCCCUCGUCGUCGCCGAGGACUACGCCACCCUCUACGCCGUCAACCAGCGCUGGCCCGGCCACGCUGUCCUCGUCCCUCCCGCCCCCGACUCCCAGUCCGCCCACAAGUUCGGAUCCCAGGGUUUCUUUAACUUCACGUCGCGGAGGCCGCGGCAUCUCCUGCAGAUCUUGGAGCUGGGGUACAGCGUCAUGUACAACGAUGUCGACAUGGUUUGGCUGGCGGAUCCCUUUCGGUAUCUCGAGGGGAAUCACGACGUCUACUUCACCGAUGAUAUGGCUGCUGUGAAGCCGUUGAAUCAUCCUCAUGAUCUGCCACCUCCAGGGAAGAAGGGGAGGACAUACAUUUGCAGCUGCAUGAUCUUCUUGCGGCCGACUGAGGGGGCGAAGAAGGUGAUGAACAAGUGGAUUGAAGAACUCCGAGAGCAGCCGUGGUCUAAGAAAACAAAAUCAAACGACCAGCCAGCCUUCAACUGGGCUCUCAAUAAAACUGCUAGUCAGGUGGAUCUGUACCUGCUGCCUCAGGCUGCAUUUCCGUCAGGGGGGCUGUAUUUCAAGAAUGAAACAUGGGUAAAAGAAACCAAGGGGAUGCACGUCAUCAUUCACAAUAACUACAUUACUGGUUUUGAGAAGAAGAUAAAGCGGUUCCGAGAUUUCGGGCUCUGGUUCGUUGAUAAGCAUAGCGAGGAAUCACCACUCGGUAGAUUAUAAUCAGAGCCAGAAGGAACGUAUCCGGUUGAUGAAUUGAAUGUAGCAAUAGCGUGGCCUGUGAAAUUUCACCAGCAAAGAAUUCAUUAGGAGAAGAAAAGAGAAGGAAGAGAAUUGACCGCAUGCCACCACACAAUAUAGUCUAAAACUUGGAAGCCAAUAUGGAAUGUGAGUUUGAUUUUUUUUUUUUUUUUUUUUUUUUUUUCUUUCUUUUUGCAACCAUUUCUUUGUGGUGAUAUGCUGAAAUUUUGAUUUUUCCGAUAUGUUCUUUACAUGUCAGCUGAAAUUAGUCUGCAAUGUGUAAUCCUAGACGUAAUUAUCACCUUCUGGGCAUUAUAAUUUGAUCUCGCUUUCGGUUUAAUUUCA